GAGGUGACGGCCCUUGUAAAAAUGGUCUCGUCCUAACAUUUGUCAUCAUUAUUUAUCAGGCAGCUCCUGGAGAGAGCAUUCUGGGUCCCGGCCCGCCCACGACUCGCAGACUUGUGUUACUCGGGACAGUUGGUUGUCUGAGGUUGUCCGGGGAGGUGUUGGCGUAGUGUGGUGUGUGUGGAGCCUGAACCAUGCCCGUGUGUGAAGCGGACAUGACGGAGGCCGAAUGUUUAUCUCCGGGGCUGGUGGAGGACGUUACCCCGACUGCGCCCUGCAGCGAGGACGAAGUAGACCCCGGCGAGGAGGAGGAGGACUCCCAGGCCCGCCAGGAUGCCACAGGGAGUCCCAGCGACGCUGACGAUAAAUCCAAGAAGGACGGCGGGCUGGUGAAGCCUCCGUACUCGUACAUCGCUCUCAUCACGAUGUCCAUCCUGCAGGCGCCCAAGAAGCGCGUCACGCUGAGCGAGAUCUGUGAGUUCAUCAUCAACAGGUUCCCUUACUACAAGGCAAAGUUCCCCGCCUGGCAAAACUCCAUCCGUCACAACCUGUCGCUCAACGACUGCUUCGUGAAGGUGCCGCGCGAGCCCGGCAACCCCGGCAAGGGCAACUACUGGACCCUGGACCCCGGGGCCAUCGACAUGUUCGACAACGGAUCCUUCCUCCGCCGCCGCAAGCGGUACAAGCGGCAGCAUCCCGACUUCCUCAACGAUCCUCACGUGUUCUCCUUGCUGGCCACAGGUAUGGUAGACCCCUAUCACCUACAGCAGCAGCAGCAGGCGGCGGCGCUGGUAGGACCGCACCCGACCCUCGUGCACCGUCCCACACCCUACGCCCACCAUCCUUACCUCCACGCCGCCAGCCUGCACCACCCACACGCUCACCUCCACCAUCCAGUCUUUGCUCCUCACUCGGAAUUUUUAAGGAGCAUACGAGGCGUGUUGCCACCCACGUCUCUUGCCGGUGGCGGGCCCGCUCUAUCUGCCGGCACCGUCUUCACGCCAACGCCCGUCAAACCGAUGGUUGGGUCACCGCCCUCGCCACCGCUCACCCGCCCGUCCACCCGCCCUGCCUUCACCAUCGACGCCAUAAUGGGCAAAGACAAGUCACCGCCGCCGCCGCCUACGUGCCGUCCAAACCCCCUGCCCGCCCUGCCCCUGCCUGCCCUCAAUCCGGAACCCUUCACUCGCCUGCUGGGGCAUCCCUUCAUGCCGCGGCCGCUCCCGGGGCCGCUGCCACACACCUUCGCGUCGUCAUCCUUGUCCCGGUGAGGCCGUCCCUCGGCGUCAUCUGGCAGAUGGCGCUGUGGACCGGGCCUUCCGUCCCCCAUCACAUUCCGCCCUCUUUGUAUAUACUUCUGUACAUUGUUGUGUAUAUCAUUAAAGUUGUUUUUGAUA